AUGGCGAAACGAUCGUUCACUGAUUUGCUAAUUGUUACCUUGACUUCCGAUGAUCAUUUCGAAGAUAUCACCAUACCAGAGCACGAUUGUGAUUUAUUGGCAUUAAAACAUUUUCAAAAAGUUGCAGCAGAACGUAUCGAAAGAAAUGAACAAAUUUAUUCUCAUGUUUCCCAUCUAAAAUCAAGAAAUCACUCAAAUAAUUAUGAAAAAAUUACUAAAAAUCCAUUUCCGGACAAUGAUUGUAAAUUAGCUUUUUUCAAGGUUUUAAAGUAUGAUGGCUUGUUGUUGCAGUUUGCAUCGAAUGAAUUGAGAAAUGAUCGUGAUGUUGUUUUGAGAGCUGUUAAAGAAAAUGCAGGUUCUAUCGAGGUGGUGAGUGAGGAAUUGAGAAGUGAUAGGGAAUUUGUGGAGAAGGUUGUUAUGAUUGCUAAAGAUAGAACGAGUUUGUCCACAAAAAGUUUUUUCAAAUUUCUUGACAAGUUUCAUGAUGAUGAGUUGAUUGUUAGAAAGGUGGUGGAGAAACAUGUAAAUUCUCUCGAGUUUGUAUCACCAAGAUUGAGAAAUGAUAGUAAUGAACGGAAAAUUAGGGAAAUUGCAUUGGCAGCUAUGAAGUCAAUGCCAACUUGUCUAAGAAUGGCACCUAAUCACAUCAAAGAUGAUUUUGAAAUUGUUUCCAUUGCGGUUACGAAAAAUUUAUCAGCUCUUGUGUUUUCCUCACAGAGAUUCAAAGAUGAUACAGACUUUAUCUAUAACUGUGCUUCAACUGCAAGUCAAAUUAUUUAUUUUCUGAAUAAUCAUGAAUCUCUAUUAGUAACUAAUCGAGAUUUCUGUUUACGGCUCAUAGAAAAGAGUUGUGGAUAUGAUUGUUUUAGAAAUGCUCGAGAUUUUGUGAAAUUGGAUAAGGAACUAUGUCUGAAAUUCAUACAAAUACAUCCAGAUUGUUUGGAAGAUGUUAAAUGUGAAGAUAUUCUAAAUGACAAACAACUCUUAAUGGAUUUAUUGCCACACAGUGAAAAAAUUCUUCUUCAAAUUCCAAAUGAGCUUUGUAAUGAUAGAGAACUCAUGAUGUGGGCAUCGAAAAUUCAUGACAAUGCUCUAAAAUUUGCCUCUGAAGAGCUUUGUGCUGAUAGAGAGUUUGUAAAUGAGGCAUUGCUUUGUGAUUUUGGUAAUUUUGAGUAUUUAUCAGAGGAGUUGAGAAGUGAUAGAGAGUUAGUGGAAAAUAUUGUAAAAAUUGAUGGUUUCAAUGUUCAAUUUGUACCAGAAUUAUUUAGAAACAAUAGAGAACUAAUCAUUACUUCAAUCAGAAAUGCAUUCUCAGAUAUUUCUCCAUACUUAGGAUAUCAGUUGAAGGAAGAUAGAGAUAUUAUUUUGGAAUCUGUGAAAAGAUCUGGCAUUAUAGAAAAUCUUCUACACGAGUUUAGAGAUGAUAGAGAAAUUGUAAUGAUGGGAAUUCAACAAUUUGGACCAGAAUUUCGAUAUGCUUCCAAGUUUUUACGUAGCGAUAGAGAAUUGGCAUUAAUUGCCAUUAGAAACUUGUGCACUUUAGAGCAUAUUCCCAAGGAAAUAUUAGAUAGAAAACUUGCCUAUGAAGCUUGUAAACGUUCGGCCUUUAAUUUAAAAUUUGCCUCUGAGUAUAGAGAGGAUGAACUAAUUGUUCUUUCUGCAUUAAGCAAUGAAAAUGGGGGUUUAUAUACCAAAUAUGUCGGUGAGCGGUUGAAGAAUGACAGAGAUUUUAUAUUGAAAGCUUCCAAACUUCAACCUAGUAUUAUUGCUCAUAUUUCGACUGAGCUUCUCCAAGAUAGAGAAAUAAUCAUAAAUGCACUUUCGCAUGAUGGAAAUGUACUUGCUCAUCUACCAGAGGAAUUCAAGAGUUGUAGAGAAUAUGUGGAAAUAGCUGCUAACUCAAACCCACAUUCACUUAAAUACGCAUCAGAAGAUUUGAAGCAGGAUCCAGAGUUGUUAUAUAAGGCAAUUGCAACAGGGAUUGCCAACUCUUUAGUUUCUGAACAAUUUUUGGAGGAUGCUGAUGAGUCAACUAUACAAAAAUGUAUUGAAAAUGGAGUUUCACUUCGUAGUUUUCCUAAGUCUUUAACCAGUAAUAGAAACUUAGUUAUUAAGGCUGUAAAUAUUAAUAUGGAGAAUCUUAGAUAUGCAUCCAAGGAUCUAAUUAACAAGGAACUGAUUAUGGAAAUUUCACCAAAAAAUUUUGAUAUAUUACUACUUCCAAUCAAAUGGAGAAGUGACAAAGAUAUUGCUUUAAAGGCUUUGGAAAUGAAUGGAAAAUCAAUAAUAUAUAUUUCUGAUGAGUUGAAAAAUGAAUUUAAGCACAACAAGGAAAUCCUAUUGAAAGCAAUGAAAACAGAUAGCAUUCCAUUCCUUUAUGCGAGCGAUGAUUUACAAAACGAUCGUGAUUUUAUUUUGGAAUCUGUUUCAACAAAUGGCUUGGUAUUGAGAUAUGUUGCAUCCCAUUACAAAGAAGAUAGGGAAGUAGUUUUAAAGGCAGUUAAAAAUCAUGGAAAUUCAAUUCGUUACGGAGCCAGACAUUUCAUGAAUGAUAGAGAAAUCAUGUGGAAUGCAGUUCAAAACUUGGGAGCCAAAAUUCUUCCGUGCAAUCCAUUAAUUUAUGGCUCCUUUGAAAUACGAAGUGACCGUGAGCUAGUUCUAGAAGCCGUUCGCCAUGAUUAUCACUCCCUUGAAUAUGUUGUCAUUGAAUUAUUAAGCGACGAAGAAUUCAUGACGAAAUGCGUGGAAAUUAAUAUUAAUUCUCUAAUUUAUGCUCACUACCAAUUAAGAUACAAUGUAGAUUUUCUGAAACGAUUGAACAAGACAGAUAUGAUCAGAGAAGACACUGAUUUACACAACAAAAUAGAUAUUGAAGGACUAUUAGGAUACAAUCCAAAACUUAAAGAUUUGAAUAUUAUUGAUAGAGCUGAAAUUUAA